UAUUUACAAGACAAGCUAGUUAUGGCUACAGAGAUUGAGCAACCAGCUUCUGCUCAUGUGGGGCUAUCAAAAGUUGCAGUUUCUGACACUCAUGGGGAAGACUCCCCGUAUUUUGCCGGCUGGAAAGCAUACGAUGAAAACCCUUAUGAUGAACUUAGUAAUCCAUCGGGUGUCAUACAGAUGGGGCUGGCAGAAAAUCAAGUUUCAUUUGACUUGUUGGAAGAGUACCUAGAAAAGCAUGCAGAAGCCUCUAGCUGGGGAAAAGGUGUCUCUGGCUUUAGAGAGAAUGCUUUGUUUCAAGAUUACCAUGGACUUCAAUCAUUCAGAAAGGCAAUGGCAAGUUUUAUGGAACAAAUAAGAGGGGGGAGUGCAAAAUUCGACCCUGAAAGAGUAGUCCUGACUGCAGGUGCGACCGCUGCUAAUGAGCUGUUGACCUUCAUUCUGGCAGAUCCUGGAGAUGCUUUGCUUGUUCCAACCCCAUACUAUCCAGGAUUAGAUAGAGAUUUAAGGUGGAGGACGGGUGUAAAAAUUGUACCAAUUCACUGCCACAGCUCAAACAAUUUUCAGAUCACUCCACAGGCUUUAGAAGCUGCAUAUAAUGAUGCAGAAGCCAUGAACAUCAAAGUGAGAGGGGUGCUAAUCACAAACCCUUCAAACCCAUUAGGAGCAACAAUCCAACGGUCAACUCUUGAGGAGAUUCUUGACUUUGUCACUCGCAAGAACAUCCAUCUUGUCUCUGAUGAAAUCUACUCAGGAUCCGUUUUCUCAUCGUCUGAAUUCAUAAGCGUUGCUGAAGUCCUUGAAGCCCGUCAAUACAAGGAUUCAGAGAGAGUACACAUUGUUUAUAGUCUUUCCAAAGACCUCGGCCUUCCAGGUUUUAGAGUUGGGACAAUAUAUUCCUACAACGACAAGGUUGUGGCUACAGCUAGGAGGAUGUCGAGCUUCACCUUAAUUUCUUCCCAAACACAACAUCUCCUGGCCUCCAUGUUGUCUGACAAGAAGUUCACAGAGAAUUACAUAAAGACAAACCGAGAGAGACUAAGGAAGAGGUAUGAAAUGAUCAUUGAAGGCCUAAGGAGCUCUGGGAUUGAGUGUUUGAAAGGAAAUGCAGGGUUGUUUUGCUGGAUGAAUCUAAGCCCAUUGUUGCAAAACCAAACAAGAGAAGGUGAAUUGGCUCUUUGGAACCCUAUGCUGCAUGAAGUGAAACUAAAUAUAUCUCCAGGAUCUUCUUGCCAUUGUUCUGAACCAGGUUGGUUCAGGGUGUGUUUUGCCAACAUGAGCGAGCAAGCACUACAGGUUGCACUGAAAAGAAUUCACAAUUUCAUGGAACAAAUUAGAGAAAGAGAUGGAAAUCUAGUAAUCUCUUCUCAGUGAUCUUCACUUUUUUUUAAAAAAAAAAAAUGGUUCUACCCAUUUUGAU